CCAUUACCUAAAUUAAGUAAAAUCAAACGAGGAAAGAAAGAGAGGAUUGCAAUGGUACUUGAGGUUAAGCAGGUGCUUCGAAUGAAGGAGGGAACGGAUGAAACCAGUUACGGAAAAACAUCCUACAUCCAGAAGCAGGUGUUAUCACUGACAAAAUCCAUAAAAGAAAAAGCCAUAAUGGACUUCUAUUGCAAAGAACAACCAACAACCUUAUGCAUAGCCGACUUGGGUUGUUCCUCUGCUGAGCUUAACACUUUAGGGGUGGUCUCUGAGCUCAUAGAUGCAACCGAAAAGGCUCGUCGACAGCUCGGAAAUGGCCACCAAGAGUAUCAAGUUUACUUAAAUGAUCUUCCAUGGAAUGAUUUCAACACCAUCUUUAGGUCAUUGGAAAGCUUUGAAGAUAACUUGAAGAAGCAAAUGGGGAACAAUUUUGGGCAUUGCUUUGUGAAUGGUGUCCCUGGCUCUUUCUUUGGCAGGCUAUUCCCCACAAAACAUUUGCAUUUUGUCCAUUCUUCUUAUAGCCUCAUGUGGCUUUCUCAGAUAUCAAAAGUCGAACUGCCAAAAUCUUUAUCUUCAAUAAUGGUUGUCACUAUUAAGAACCACCGUUCACGGCGUGUGUUUCCUUUAAAACAAUUUAUGCAGGGUUUCAUAGAGGAAGCAAAGCUACACACAUUCAACAUCCCUCAAUACACUCCAUCUGCAGAAGAAAUAAGUUUUAUAAUGGAGAAAGAAGGAUCUUUUAAUCUGAAUCAAGUUCAUAUUUCAGAAAUAGGUUGGGAAGCAAAUGAACAUUACAACAACAACAACAUUAAUGAUCCAUCUUCAAGUUUUGAUCACUAUGACUUUGUUAAAUGCAUGAGAUCUGUGGCCGAGCCCUUACUUGUAAGUCAUUUUGGAGAAACCAUCAUCGAAGAGUUGUUCAAGCGAUAUAUGGAAAUCGUCAAAGUCUCAAUGGCAAAUGAAAAGAAUGUGUUUGUUAAUGUUACGGUGUCCUUGACGCGAAAGGGUUGUUCAAUCUAAUUACGUGUUCUUUGAUCCGUUCAAGGUCAUGUUGGUGUUAUUAAAAGCUCAAUACUACUCAUUCACUAGUCAUUCAUGUAUGUUGGUGUAGUGAAAUGCUUCAUACUUCUGGUUGAAAAUAUUCCAUGUAGUAGUAAGAUAAUGUUAAAUCUAUUUUUUCUCAAAAAAGAAGAAGAUAAUGUUAAAUCUA